UUAAGAAUAGAAUAAACCGGCCAAUGUUUAGACCGGGCGGACCGGUUAUUACUUAACUAGUGACCAUUAGAGAUUUAGAGAGAAGGAAGUGAUAAAUAACUUCUGGGUUUCUUCUUUUACGUCAGAAAAUAGGGUUGAAGUAGGUUGCUAGUUUCAGAUCAGAGAAAGAGGGCCAAUAAUCAUAAAGUUCCUCAUUUAUAAGAGAAACAGUAAUGGCAGGGCAGGAAAAUGUUAAGCAUCUUGAGGACUGCUCAGUUGCCAAUGCAUUAGGCACAUGGUUCUUCUCAGUAGCAGGGGCUUUGAUUGCAAUUCCAGUAGGCAUAAAAAAGAAGUCAUUAGCACCCCUUGUGUUCUUUGGCACAACAGGCACAAUGCUUGAUAUUAUCAUGGGAAUCAGCCAAUGUGAAAGGGAACAUGCAGAACGCCAAGCACAACUACUACAAGCCCAGAACUUGGCAGAGAACGCAUCGUUUUCAGAGAGAGGAUCUGAAUCUUGAUGCCAAGUUGCUAUAGGCAUCAGCUCUGUGACUCGGCUCUUUAAAUCGCUUGGUAUGAGAGACAAAUCUCUUUUGGUUACUCUUUGAUGAAUGCCUAACCUUUUCACUUGUGAUUCAUAUUGCACUUUUUUUUUAGCCCUGAUGAUCUAUCAAAAGUUAUUUUUUUGACGUAACUUUGGAUCUCAACCAGCAAGAAACCUAUCAUUAUUGAUUAAAAACCCGGGGCUUGUUUAGAAGCCUUCAUUUGCGUG